AUGCCUCUUAAAUUAUCAUUAACGACAUCAAAUUUAAACCUUUCAGAUAUUCGAGCCGAAGAUUAUAAACGCUGUUUACAAACCGUAAAUGAUUUUAAUUUCUUCAUCGAUGAACUUCCUGAUUUGCUCAGGAAGGAUACAUUAGUUGAGUGCUCUAACUGUCACAAGAUUUCACUUCCUCAACGAUCUCAAGAUGAAGAUAUGCAGCAAUGUUACCGACAAAGAUAUUCACAUAAAAUUGAAAGAGUUGCUUCUGUAGAUGGAUUACGUGACACUAAACUAGAUAUUACGACUUUAAGAUCACUUUUUGAAUUAGUCGGAAUGAAUUUUGAAGAAUUCAACAAAUCUGCAAAUUAUUUCUUUGAACUAUAUAAAGUUUACAUUUGUCGAAAAUGUGAUAAAAUUUCAUCUUUUCCUGAACAUGCCGGAUAUCGUAGUUCAAAUCAUAAGCAUUCUUAUAUGUUAACUAGCUUAGAUCAAUUGAAAGGCAUAAA